AUGGAUCAAACUGCUCGUGAUGAUGUUGUUCUCACUCUCACCGAGGUCGAUAAUUCUUCUAUCCGACAACUUGUACGUCGACGUCGUCUUGCUUUGCUUUGCCACUUCGGUGCACGUUCAAUAGCCCUCAUCUUUUAUCUUUUCGUCUCUUGGUUUACGAACGCCUUUAUUGCACCUGUUGUUAUUCUUCUCACCCUAUUUGCAGCUGAUUUCUGGCUUGUUAAAAAUAUAUCUGGUCGCCUUUUGGUUGGACUUCGGUGGUGGAAUUCAAAUGAUCAUCAAACCGGCGAAUCGAUAUGGGUCUUUGAAUCCGCUUCCACCGCACUCGAUGCUAAUGAUGGUCCAAUUAGCAAUCGAGAGCGUUCUUCGCGGAAAUCGGCGGGUCGUCUUUUCUGGAUUGGUCUUUUAACAUUUCCUUUGAUAUGGGCACUUUUGAUUUUAGUGGCUAUUUUCUCUCUUAAACUUGCUUGGUGCCUUGUAGCUGUCUGUGGUUUCUUAGCCUGUUCCGUGAAUGCCUACGGGUACCUCCGGUGUCGCUUCAAAGGAACCCCUGUCGGUGAUGACUCAACAAAGAACGGUCUUAGAGGGCUUUUGACCGCCACAGUGGCUAAGUCAGUGUUUUCGGACCUCUGGUCUGGUGGUGAAAACACAUUAAAUCACCAACAGUCUGUCCCAGAACAUCCGAAAAGUUUGAUAUGA